AUGUCUAAGAAGUCACUUUCUCAAUCUUUAGAUCAGAAGAUCUAUGAUCUUGUUCAUAAUCUUCUUGAUGAGCAAACAAAAGAGAAGCAGAAAGUCUUUGCAGAUGGUGAAGAUUUGGAUCCAUUUGCACAUCUAGCAUUGGCUAAAGAUUUGAAAACCUCACAAGUCCUCGAAUACGUUCAAAGAAAAGACUUCAAGCUCAAGAGGAUGAAAAGAGUUACGUUAGAGAAGGCAAUAGAAGCAGUACUACAAGUCUGUAAAGAUGACGAGAAGGAAGAAUUUGGUGAUAUUCUUGGUAAUGUGGACGGCAAAGACGAUGAUGUGAAUAUAAAAGACGCCGCGAAAAUAGAUAGUGAUCUCGAGGUAGAAGAUGAACAGAACUUAAUGGAAGUCAAAGAUACCAACAGUUUGAAUAAAUCAGUUGUUUCGCUUUGGAAUAUGAACAAUAAGGAGGACAAAGAAGAGACUGAGACCGAGGAAGUGAAUGGAACCGGAGCAAGUUCAACAAAGAAAAGAAAUAAAGAAUCAACCAAGCAGGUUAUCAAAAGGCCCAAGAAUAAAAUAGAUCAUACUCCCCCAGCGGCCAGUCUAUCAUCAUUGGGUGGUCUUACCAGCAUAGCAACUCGCCUCAAGGAACUCAUUUUCUUGCCAAUACAACAUCCUGAAAUCUUUUCAUCUUUGGGAGUGGAGCCUUCAAGAGGGGUAUUAUUGUAUGGUCCUCCGGGUUGUGGUAAGACAACUAUUGCAAAUGCAGUUGCCGGUGAAUUACAAGUUCCAUUUUUCAACAUUUCUGCCCCUUCCAUUGUUUCUGGUAUGUCAGGUGAAUCUGAAAAGAAAUUGAGAGAUAUAUUCGAAGAAGCCAAAUCAAUGGCUCCUUGCAUAAUAUUUAUGGAUGAGAUUGACGCAAUUACCCCCAAGAGAGAUGGUGGGGCACAAAGAGAAAUGGAGAGAAGAAUUGUUGCUCAAUUGUUAACCCUUAUGGAUGAUAUUACCUUAGAGAAAACGGGAGGUAAACCUGUUAUUGUCAUCGGUGCCACCAAUAGACCCGAUUCCUUAGAUACUGCUUUGAGACGUGCUGGUAGAUUUGAUGCUGAAAUUUGCCUUAACGUUCCAGAUGAAGAUCAAAGGUGUUCUAUUCUUCAGGCUAUGACGGAAAAUUUAAAGAUUGAUAGAGGUGAAAGUGAUAGUUUUAAUUUUAGGGAAUUGGCAAAAUUGACUCCGGGCUUUGUAGGAGCAGAUUUAAAGAGUUUAGUCACGGCAGCAGGAACGGCUGCUAUUAAAAGAAUCUUUGAGACUUUGAGUGAACUUGAAGAAGAAGGUGAGCCAGCAUCUGCAUUAGUGUUAAAUCCAAGCUCAGUAGAUGACGGCAUGGAUAUAGAUAGUAAUGUGGCAAUUUUAAAUUCUGCAGUUUCCACAUUCCAACAAAAGUCCGAGGUUGAGAAGCUUUCCACUAUUGAAAAGUUUUUAGCUAAGCAUACUAACCCGUUAACUAAUGAUCAAUUGGGACCAUUGUCAAUCGUUUAUGAUGAUUUUAUAACUGCAUUGCCAUCUAUUCAACCAACAGCAAAGAGAGAAGGAUUUGCAACUGUACCGGAUGUUUCCUGGGCCAAUGUUGGUGCUUUACAUCACAUCAGAAUGGAAUUACACAUGUGCAUAGUUCAGCCUAUUAAAAAACCAGAACUCUACGAAAAAGUUGGAAUUACAGCACCUGCGGGAGUUCUCAUGUGGGGUCCGCCAGGUUGUGGUAAGACUCUUUUAGCUAAGGCUGUUGCUAAUGAAUCAAGGGCUAAUUUCAUAUCUGUUAAAGGUCCGGAAUUGUUGAAUAAGUACGUAGGUGAGUCAGAGAGAGCAGUCAGGCAAGUAUUCCAAAGAGCCAGAGCGUCAGUUCCAUGUAUUAUAUUCUUUGAUGAAUUGGAUGCUUUAGUACCCAGAAGAGAUACUUCAUUGUCUGAAUCUUCAUCGCGUGUUGUCAACACUUUGUUAACAGAAUUGGAUGGAUUAAAUGACAGAAAAGGUAUAUUUGUAAUUGGUGCAACAAAUAGGCCAGAUAUGAUAGAUCCUGCGAUGCUUAGACCAGGAAGACUUGACAAGACUCUCUACAUAGAACUUCCAACUGAGCUGGAAAGAUUUGAAAUUUUGAAGACCUUAAUUAAGUCUACCCCAGUGGACAAAUAUGUCGACCUUCAACAAAUUGCAAAGGAUGAGAAAUGCCGUAACUUUUCAGGUGCUGAUUUGUCUUCCUUGGUUCGUGAAGCUAGUGUUAGUGCAUUGAAAAAGAAGUUCUUCAGGGGCCAAAAAAUUAGUGAAUUAGAUGCAUCUGGGUUCUAUUCUGACUCCGACAAAGUUAAAGAUGAUAUCGAAGAUUCUGUGUUGGUAACUAUGGACGACUUUAGAUCUGCGCUUGGAAGCAUUCAUCCAAGUGUGACUGAUAGAGAUAGACAAAAGUACGAGAAACUUAACAAGAGAAUGGGUUGGACUAUUAUCCAACAGGAAGUUGAUGACGAGACUAAAAAGGAACAAGAGGCUACAUAG